ACAACACCGUGCCUGCUAUCACGUGACAGCAUUUUACGUAGUCCCGCCCUCUUCCAUUCUCCGUUCGACGUCGGGGGUGUGUGGGCCGAACGCUGCAUAGGACAGCGAGCGGGGGGCGGGGUCUGGCUGAUCGAAUUCGAAGAGGACACGUCAGACGUCGUAGGUACCGGACCCGGUGUGUCCCGCCGCCAUGUCAGACCUCGGGGACUGGUUCCGAAGCAUCCCGCUCAUCACCCGGUACUGGUUCGCCGCAUCCAUCGCCGUCCCUCUGCUGGGGAAGCUCGGACUCAUCAACCCCGUCUACCUGAUCCUGUGGCCGGAGUACUUGCUCUACAAGUUCCAGAUAUGGAGACCCUUUACCUCAACGUUUUACUUCCCUGUGGGUCCUGGCACAGGAUUUCUGUACAUGGUCAACCUGUAUUUCCUGUAUCAGUAUUCAACGCGACUUGAAACAGGUGCAUUUGAUGGAAGACCAGCAGAUUACAUGUUCAUGCUCCUGUUUAACUGGAUUUGUAUUGUUAUAACGGGAGUGAUAAUGGACAUGCAGCUGCUGAUGAUCCCUCUGAUCAUGUCCGUUCUGUACGUGUGGUCACAGCUGAACAGAGACAUGAUUGUGUCCUUCUGGUUUGGAACAAGAUUUAAGGCCUGCUAUCUCCCAUGGGUCAUUCUUGGAUUCAACUAUAUUAUCGGUGGAUCGAUCAUCAAUGAACUGAUUGGAAACUUGGUGGGUCAUCUCUACUUCUUCCUGAUGUUUAAAUAUCCCAUGGACCUGGGAGGCAGAAAUUUUCUUUCCACGCCAGAGAUUCUGUACCGCUGGUUCCCAAACAGAAGAGGAGGAGUCUCCGGAUUCGGUAUCCCUCCUGCCAGUGCCAGACGAGCAGCAGAAGAUCAGCCAGGAGGUGGCGGCGGGCGACACAACUGGGGUCAAGGGUUUCGGCUGGGUGACUAGUGAAAGGAAAUCGCCUCCUCCUCAGAAGGGGAAUUUUGUGUGAUGAACUUUUUACAUUUUACUUUAACUUUUGAACUUGUAAGGAAAAAAAAACUUAUGCAAGAGGCAGUAAGUGCGAUGACUGCUGACGACACAAAUUUUUGUAACGGCGUUGCAUCAAAGGCGUCUCAAAUCUGCAUCUACAAGUUGGUCCGUGGUGUGCCACCUGAUUGCCACCUAUUUUUUUUAUUUAAAUUAGAUAAUCUGUGCCACUUUAUCUAGCUUGGUUAAGAAUAUUCUAUAUAAGUUCUGUUUUUGCAUAUUCUUGGGGAAGAAGAUCACAAGGCGACAAGUGUUUUCUUCGGAGGUGAUGCCGACAGUACUGAAAAGCCAACCGUUUGACCACUGGGCUUGGAAAGCAACGGGCCACUGAACCCUAUGUCAGUCCAAACCAAGUUCCUUCUGUUAUUGUUAGAAGGGUGAAUAACAUCUACAAAUGUGCCGAUUAAAGUCUAUUCUACGUAAGAUUCAA